UUGGUUCAUAUUAGCUCAUUAGUUCAAUAUAGUAAGAGCUACUUGCCAGUUUCUUAAAAUUGCUUUCACAUUUCGUAUGCUUUUUGGCGAAAUGGCUCUAUUCGGUGUUUGUUUCUUGAUACAGUUCUUAGUGGCGUUGGCGAUAAAUUCUGAAAAAGAAGGGUACGAAGGAAACACGGUUGACAUAGCAGUCGAAGAACAAAUUGACAACGAAGAGCAAGUCGGUAUUUUUGGACCUUUCACUGGACACUUUUUCAUAGGAAGAGUGAUCAAUACCAAAUGGUGUGGACCAGGCCACGUAGCUAGGUCAAUAUAUGACUUAGGUGGCAAUUCAGAAGUGGACACCUGUUGCAGGCAGCAUGAUUUAUGCAUACACAGCAUAUCACCUGGAGAAACCAAAUAUGGAUUGACAAACAAUCGGCUUUUCACUUCCGUCCAUUGCGACUGCGAUGAAGCUUUCCGGUUUUGCUUGGAAGCUAUCGGUUCCACAACGUCUCGUGCAGUUGUUAUUGCUUACUCGGCCACAUUCCCGCAAUGCUUUGAGUUACAAUAUUCAGUUUAUUGCACUGCAAAUAAUGGCAAGCGAUGUUUCCAUUAUGUUACGGGAAGGGUAAAUAAAGCUGACGAUGACGAAAAAGAACACUAUCAAUGGCUUGAUAGCCCAUUUAACUUAGAUGAAGAACCUCAAUACGUACCAGGUACAAUUACUUUUACAGCGAUCCCACCUAUAGUAACUUCAUCACCAUCACCAACAACAGUAAUCAGCGAGAGUACUGGUAGCAAAUUGGAUAGUCGAUUAGCUCAAAGCACUAAUCACAUUUGAUGAAAAUACAACGAUCUGGCGGGUGCAGAGGAAAACCAAAUUGACAGCAAUUCGUAUAAAAUUCUUUUAUUGAAAGUUUCAACUUUCCUGUCGUUGACAAAAUUCAAAAUUAAAACAAAAACCAACAACAAAAUUGA